AUGGAGCCACUGCGGCACACUUGCUCAACGCGUUCCGCUCCUGUGCCAGGCAUUACUGGCCAGAGCGAGUCUCAGCAGGCACUGUUGCACGAUGCGAUGCGCUUGAUCGAGAGGUUGACAGGUGCCGUGCAGAACACUCUGCUGACAUCUGCCGCCGCAGCUGCUAGACUGAGAGUGAGGGUGGACUUACCCACCUACAGCGGGUAUCAUGAUUCAGUUAGCGUCAACGAAUACCUCGAUCGCGUGCUGACUUACCAGCGCGCAACGGGGCUGUCCGAUGGCGAGAUACUGGAACGCGUCGUACCAGUGUCGUUAACUGAUCACGCUGCCCGCUGGUUCCGGCUUACUGGCCACCGGUCUAGCACGCUGGCCGAGUUCCGAGCGACCUUACGCGAGGAAUUCCUGCCCGCAGAUUACGAGCGUCGUCUGCGGCGCGAGUUGGAGCUACGUACUCAGCAUCCGGACGAAUCCUUGCUCGAGUACGUCAGGGCGAUGGACGAACUUUAUCGUACCGCCGACCCUUCUGCUCCGAACUGCGAUAAGGUGGAGAGAGUCACGCGACAAGCUCAUCCCACCUUCGCAGCGUACCUAAGAGGCAGCAAGUUCAGGGAUUUGGACGAGCUGGCCUCGGAGGCAAAGCGCAUACAGGCGGACAUACUCGCCUCGCGCUCAUACCGACCUCCACCCCCAGCGUCGAGGGCACUUGAGCCGCGAUGCGCGUGGAACGGGGACACUUUUCGCACUCGUUCCGGUGGAGAUGGUGCGGUUGCCUUCAGUGACGGGCAACUGAGAAACGGUUGGGACUUAUCUGACCGGGCUCUCGACCCGUACACUUAUGCCAUGCGUGCAGCAUGCGCUGCCGAUGGCCGAGGUAUGCAGAAUCGUGGCCGACAUGCCGGCUCGAGGAUGCCAGAGCAGAGCGUGCCUGCAAGGGAGCAGUCGAUAGAGAGGAACAACGGUCAAACGGCGCGAGGCACUGGACGCCAAGCCCGAAAACGGCCGGCUCUCCUCUGUUAUCGGUGCAACCAGCCAGGGCACUUCGCCCGGGAUUGCAGACAGCCUGCGAACCGAGAGCACGCGCUUUCGGGAAACGAGCGGGGCCGCCGGUAAGCAACGCUGCAUGGCCGGCGGCGGUUACAGCGGUGCGAAGUGAGACACAUGAACUCCUUGCCCCGCUGGCUUGUCGUUUUGGAUUACCCAGCGACACGCCAGUGCCGCUCAUAGAGGUUACAGUCGCCCGGCGCAGGUUUUUUGCGCUGUUAGACACAGGAGCAAGCGCUUCACUAUUUGGCGACGAGGUGUGUGAACAUCUCCGUCGGAACGCUAUCCGACUGAGGGAGAGUAAUGUGACCUUCCGACUCGCCAGCGGCACGGCACACGCGAGCUGUGCUGCUAGGCUUGUGGUGCGGUGGGAGAAACGGGUGAGGCGACAGCGCCUCGCUCACCUUCCCGGCCUGUCGGUUCCUAUAAUUCUUGGUAGAGACUUCCUCGCCAAGACGGGCAUUGUUAUUGACGUCUGCAACGGAGGAUAUAGGGAGCGAGCAUGUGGCACCCUGAAACCUUUCGUUUCAUUUCA